AACUUUCAGUAGCAUAGAAACGGUACGAUCGUGUGCACUUCUCGUGAGUUGUCUAGUGGCUGGUGAAUAAAAUAUCCUACCUUUUCCUUGUGUUGUUCGAAAUCGUGCGUGCGUGCGUGCUUUCAUUCGUUCUUGAGUGACAAAUAUCUAGUGUGUGGAGGGCUGUUGUGGGGGGUGUCCAACCUGUUGAAUGCGGGCUGUGUGUGCAGAAACCACGCACGCACUCUUCUCUGUGGCUUUGUGACUGCCGGAAGUGCUUUCGGUCAAGACAAGUGGACGACCGACGACGGUUUUCCGGACUCGGCCAAGUGUGACAAAUGCUGGUUCAGUGAUUUCAAGUGCAGAUUUUUUUUUGCUUCAUUCACAGUUCAACUUUAUUGCAGCAGUGGCGGGAAAACAUUUUUUAAUUUUUCUGAUUCAAGUGUGCUGUUUACAACCUUAAGUGGAUUUGUUUGAAAACAAUUUAAAUUUAAAGUGUCAUUUUGAGUUCAGUUUUUAAAAAGGUUUAAUCUAAGACCGAAAUGCAGGCCCCACAGUUCAAGGAGUUUGCCAAGGAGAUGGUGGACUACAUUUCCAACUACCUGGAGAACAUUCGUGACAGACGUGUUCUACCGGAAGUCCAGCCAGGCUACCUGAAGCCGCUGAUUCCCUCGGAGGCUCCUCAGCAACCGGAAAGCUGGCAGGAUGUGAUGGCCGACAUCGAGCGGGUCAUCAUGCCCGGUGUGACACACUGGCACAGCCCGAAGUUCCACGCGUACUUCCCAACGGCCAACUCGUACCCGGCCAUCGUGGCCGAUAUGCUGAGUGGAGCGAUCGCCUGUAUCGGUUUCACCUGGAUUGCUAGCCCUGCCUGUACCGAGCUGGAGGUCGAGAUGUUGAACUGGUUGGGCAAAAUGUUGGGACUGCCGGAAGAGUUCCUGGCCAGUUCCGGGGGCCAAGCCGGAGGAGUCAUCCAGGGAACGGCCAGUGAGGCAACGCUGGUGGCGUUGCUCGGAGCCAAGGCCAAGGCUAUCAAGCGCGCUCAGGAGGAACAUCCGGACUGGGAGGAGUCCCAAAUCGUUGCCAAGCUGGUGGCGUACACUUCCAGUGAGUAUUGUGCAUGUCAAUUAUUAUUUAAAAGUUUAUAAAGCUGAAAUCCUGUA